CUCAUUCCUGGGUCUGGAGACAUCAUGUCCUGAUUCAGACCCAUAUGAUAACUUCACUCUUACCUGUACAGCCACUAAACCAACCAUAGUAAUACCAAACCUUGUAAUAGCAUGGACACAUAAUGGUACAAUAGAAACUGGCACUGUGACUACUACUGGAGAGGAUACUAUGACUACCACUGUUACUAAUACAUUGAGUUUUGACUCCAGUACUGCUUCUGAUUCUGGUACUUAUAAAUGUACUGCUAUUAUUACUGUACCUGAUUCAACUGAUAUUGUCACUACUAGUGAGGAAAGUACUGUGACUAUAAAAUCUCAUCAAAGUGUACCUGUUCCUGCUACUAAUGUAACAGCUACUCCAGGAACAACUACUGCUGCUAUAUCAUUCAUAAUACCUAACAUUGCCUAUACACCUGAAACCUACAGUGUUAAGUAUACUGGAGCAAUCUUACAAACAGCAGAACAAACUUCUAUGACAAGAAUGAGCUCUGAUAACAUCACUGUAAUUAACCAAGAAUUUACAAUCAUGUUGGCUGGCCUUGAGGAAGAUAACACUUAUACAUAUACAGUUGAUUCUACCAAUUGUCUUGGUACUACUAGUACUGUAGAGAUGAGCUUCAGAACACUUUCAACAUUGCCAGUGGAUCCUCCAAUGGGUUGUUCUAAUAUAACAUUCUUACCAUAUAAUGUCACACUUACCUGGACUGCACCAGCACUAAUAGAUCAAAAUGGAGCACCAGUUGGUUAUAAUUUAACAUGCAUGAAUACUAGUGGUGCAUCAGUCAAUGGAUUGAUCCCAACACAAACUUCAAGGAACACAAUGUUCACUAUUACUGAUGUUAUACCUUUUACUGGUUACACUUGUGAGCUGUCAUUUAUUAGUGUAGUAGGAGAAGGACCCUCUACCCAGUGUACUUUUGAAACAGCUCAAGAUAGUAAGUACAUGUAG